AUGAACACAAUCUCUCGUCGCCUGCUGCAUGCGUCAGCUAUACGAUCAAACCUGGUCGGGCCUCCUGAUCCCAUCUCCCACAUACGGCCUGUUCUCUAUACGAAGUCGACGCCGGUGCAGCCGGACGGGGUGCGGCAUCCAUAUCUGCUCAACGAGUUCACGGAAGGCGAGACCGACGAAGAAGUCCAGUGGGCCUUGUAUCAGCAGCAGCUAGACAAAUUUAAUCACGACUACUGGUUUGAUAGCAACACCCGGUUUGAAUCUGCAAAACAGAGCGUCUUGUCAUCACUACCCGACUCAGUCACAGGACUGCAGCGCGAACAGGCAUUAUCCGAGUUUUACAAAAAGUGGAUGGUACAGGAAAGCGAGCGGCAAAAUGAGUACUCUUCGGAGUGGAGGAGACGAAAUAUAGAAAGUAUCAGCCUAGCCACUCGUCUUGAAUGGCAGAAUGUUAGGCGGCGCCUCUUUGACCUCUUCUGA